CUGGCAACGCCACGAAAGUCGAGUUGGCAUUUGGGAGAUUUUGUUGUGUUCGGAUCGAAAAAAUUCCCCAGUUAAUUGUUUAAAAACCAAGACGACUGCUUUGGCAAUCAGCAAACAAGUAAAUGUAUUGUUUCGUCAACUGCCAGAGAACAGUACCAAGUGCGUGUAAAUAAACAAGCGAUUUGUAUCCAAUAUGUUGCACAACAAUGCGCCCUGGCUGCCACCGCAUCAGCAGCAGCAGCAGCAACAGGCCCCGCAGCAACAUCCUAAUCCCCAGCAGCAACAUGCAACGCCCCAACAGCAGCAACCUCAUCCUGCACAGCAGCAGCAGCAGCUCUAUGCCAGUCAAAUGUUCCAGCAACAACAGCCAAAUUACUGGCCGGAGGAUCAGCAGCACCAGCACCAGCAGCAACAGCAAUCGCUGAACUACAACAACUACUUUACGGGACAGCAGCAGCAACAUCCUCCGCAGCAGCAGCAGCAGCAACUGCCACCGCAGCAACAGCAACAGCCUACGCAGCAGCAACUGUAUUAUCCCACUCACCAGCAGUCACAAGUCCCGGCUCCAGCGGAACCCGCUCUGGACUCGUUUGACAACAAUAAUAGCGGAGGAGGAGGAGGAGGAGGUGCCGGCCGGAGCGAUGGCUGGGGUGAUUGGGGCGAUUGGAAUGACAAUAGCAACAAUAAUAAUAGCGUGAGCAGCAUUACCAACAGCAACGAGGCCUUGUUGGAGCCAUCGGGACAACUGCUAGAGGAUUCCUUUAAUGUGCAGUCCUCGCCAGGCAGCUGGCAAGCCUUUGCCACCGGUAACAAUGUUAAUAACAACUUGGAGCUGCCGCCUCCAACGGAUCAGCAAGCACCACAAUUGCAGCAGCAGCCAUUGCAUCAGCAACCGACACCUUUGUUGCACCACCAGCAGCCGCAAUCGCCGCCAGAGCUUGGCCAGGAACCCGAACUGGAUGCUAUUGUGCCUCCACAAGCUUUCCAAAACCAACCAGCGGCGGUAGCACCACCACCAACAUCACUGGCUUCAUUUGCCCCACCACCGUCUGCUGUAGGAUCACCUUUAUUUGCUGUGGGAGCUCCUCCAGCACAUCUCGCAGCGGUGGGAGCUCCUCCAGCACCUCUUGCCGGAGUGGGAGCACCACCACCACCCUUGGUUUCAAUGGGAACACCACCAUCGGACGCUACUGGCAUUGCACCACCGGCUGCACUGCCGCCUACGGCUGGCAAUCCCUUCAAACGUUCCACGGGUCUCAACAAGCGUGUUAACAUAAUGGCCAAUCCGGCGGGUGGAGCUCCUUCGCCACCAGCACCUGCUGCAGUUGCUCCUGCGGCACCAAUAGCACCAAUAGCUCCAAUUGCUCCAAUAGCACCACCAGCGGAACAGCUCUAUGGCUUACCAGCAGAAGCUCACGGAGAUGGUUUCAAUUUAUCGGCGGCACCACCUGUUGAGGCUUCAAUUGGAGUUCCACUGGGUGUACAUGCUCCCAUUCCUGCACCAACCGCAUCGUUCUAUGUACCACCAACACUGCUACAGCCUGUCCAGCCCGUUGAGCCAGACAACCAGGAGGUGUUGUCCGCUCCGAAUGACGAGCGUGCCCAGUACUUGCAGACAAGUCAUUUGUCCGAGCAGCUGGGCGAAGGUGAAGCGGAUCAGGAUGCCGGUUUGCUGCCGCCACCGGGCCUGUCCCGUCUGGUAUUGGGUCAACCAGAGUUGGAUUCGCAGCAGCAACGCCUGGUCACCGGAGCCACAGAGCAGCCACCGCUCAAUGUCGCCCAGGUAGCCGCCCUGCACAUGCAGGAGCGUCAGGCAGAUGGCGAGGACACCUCCGAUGGUGAGCAGCAAGUGCGUAAUAUACAGACGCCACCACGUCGCGUUGUCACUGGCGUAGAGACCAAUGCUUCAUCCUUAAGGGAGCAGCGAGAAGUGGUGCUGGAUGGCGAGAAUCUGGAGGAUCGCGAAGCUAUCCCACCACCAGCUCUGAUCGAACUUCCCCCGACAUCAGUGCAUCACAACAUUCUGCCCGAUGAGCCGGAGCAACUGCAUCACAACAAUCCACCGCAGGCAGUGACCCCACUUAAUGCCCAGCAACCCCAUCAGCAGCAACCACUGUUGCAGCAGCAGCAACAACACCAGCCACAUCCAAGCCAGCAGGAGAAGAAGCGUGCGGCGGUGGGACGUCGGGCCAAUGCUUCGCUGGAUCUGGAGACCGAGGACGAGUCGGAUGAGUUCCUGCAGAGCGAAAGGGAGCGGGAUCGAGAGCGUGAGCGCAGGGAUCUGAUGGACGAAAGGCAGGGUCGUGGACGCAGCCAUGGUCACUACACCUACGAUGGCGAAACGGAGGACUCUGUCCGCGGUACUGCCCACCACGAGACCAAAUCCCUGAGGGAAACGCAACACAGGCGCAAUCACGACUCCACGCGCUCGCGUCGCCACCAGGAACCGAAAAUGGAGCGCGAGAGGGAACAGGAUAGGGAGCGUGAGCGCAACUGGCGCCGCCGUUCCAACAAGUAUCACAGUGGCGGCGAGGAUCAGGAGCGUUCCUACGACCACUCGCGUCGCUUCAACAACAGCGCCUACGACGGCGAGUCGGAUAAUCCGGAGAUAAAUCAUCUGGGCGAGGGAGAGCUCGAUGGCAGCACCGGCGGAGCUGGCGGUAGCGGUGGCCGUAGCAGUAAGGCCGGUCGCCAGCGACGCAACGAUCACGCCGAGGACGGCUUCUAUUAUUACGAACGAGAACCCGAUCGCGAUCGUGAACCCGAUCGUGAUCGCGAUCGUCAGUACUCCAGACGCUCCACCAAAACGCAAUCAUCGGCUGACAAAUCGCGCUCCUCCGGCGGACGACGGAGUUACGAGAAUCACGGACGUAGUGGCCGCCAGGAGGAUGGUCGCCGACGUCAUCAGGAUCUGCGGAACUGGGACGGUGGCUACGAGGAGUACCGCCGAAAGAGUUCGCGCAACAGCGAUCUCGAGAAGGAGCGCAUCAAUGGCGGAAAUACCAGCGGUGGCGGUGGAGCCGGUGGUUCCGGCUCGGGCAAGCGUCGCAACUACGAUCAGUAUGCCGUGUCUACCGGUGCCUAUGAUCCGUACGGUAUGUACGAGCAAAUGUCGCGGAAUCCACAUGCCUAUGCCGAUAUGUACGCCAAGUUUUACGGCCAGAUGAUCAACUCGAUGACGGCUGCUGUUUCGGCGGCUGCUUCGAAGUCGGGAGUUCCUGGUGCCGCGGCGAUCCCAGGCUUGGUGCCCGGCGCGGUUCCGGUGAGUGCCGCCCAGUUGGUGGCCGCCACAAGUGGAGCAAAUGUCAGCGAGAGCAGUGAAGCCGCCAUGCUCAGAGAGCGAGAAAGGUAUACACACGCAUACAUAACCCAAGCCAAUGAAUUCCAUCGUCACCAAUACAAAGAGCUGAUCUACCAGCAACAACAACAACAACAUCAGAGGGAGGAUCUUAACUCCAGUUUUAACAUUACGGAGGAUAAUGCCAGUUUUUACGGAUCGCGAGGAGGAUCCAUCUAUAGCCAAUACCAUCCAAUACCAUAUCCGCUCUCCAGUGCCCGCUCGUUGAGCAAUUUGAACGGCGAUGGACGCAAUUCCCGAUCCGGACCGUAUUACGCUGGUUCCGAGUGCGGUCUCGAUAUCAGAGCUGCUGCCGAAGCGGCACCAUCGACUUAUGGAGGAGUGGCCACCGCUGGAACGGUGACCGCUGGAACGGUGACCACCAAUGCGGUGGCUCGUCCGCCGCGCAGACGCACUCCCCUGCAGUUCAACCGGCCGCAUUUGGUGGCCUCGUAUGCGAUGAGUCUGCUGCUGAAGGUGAAGCCCAAGUACGCCGGACGCGGACGUCUGCGCAACGACGUGGAGGUGGCACCACCACGCAUCCGAGACGGAACGAGCAGCCUGCUGCGCAUGUAUCCGGGUCCCUUGCAGGGCCGCAAGUUGCACAAGGACAAGAUCAUUAGUUUCUGCAAGGAACAGAUACGACUGGGACCCACAAAGGGUUGCACUGCGCUGUAUGCCACACAGAAGAAGCCACAGGGCAGCGUGGUCAAAUACCGUGCCUCACAUGCCCUCAUGUGGCACCUGCUCAUACUACUGCUGCGCCAAAAUGGGUACAUUGCCGACACUGAUGUGGGCGACCUGUUGCUGGAGAACCAGCAGGAGUAUCCCUACGAUCCCAACGACUAUGAAGCUGAGAACGAGCCAGAGGUGGAGGCUGAGCAGGAUGUGGCUGCUCCAGCGGAGAAGGCAGUGGAAUCGGAUUCAGAUAGCCAAUCGCCGGCAGCAGCAGCUACGCCAGAGGAAACAUCUGUCGCGGGUGCAGCAGCUAGCUCAUCCAAUGCAGCGGAUGUGGGAGCUACAGCGGCUGCAGCUGGAGGAGCUGGACAGACGCCUCUGUCGGAACAGGCGGCCACGGACAAGUUCCGCAGCUAUGUGCUGCGCGGAAAUGUCGAGGAGGCCCUCCAGUGGGCCACCGACAAUAGUCUGUGGACGCACGCCUUUUUCCUGGCCCUCUACGAGGAUCGCUAUGCCCUAACCGAUGUGGCCCAGAAGUUCCUUAAUCGCGCCAUCAAGGCCAAUGAUCCGCUGCAGACGCUCUACCAAAUGAAGAGCUGCCAAACGCCGGCGUGCGUGAGCCAGCUGAGAGAUGAGCAAUGGGGCGAUUGGCGGUCACAUCUGUCCAUUCUGGUGACCAACAAGAGUCGCCAGCCGGAGUACGAUCGCAGUUCGGUGGUGGCACUUGGCGACACGCUAUUCCAGCGGGGCGAUAUCUAUGCAGCACACUUUUGCUAUCUGGUGGCCCAGGAAGAGUUUGGGCGCUACAAUAGCUCGGCCACGGAGCUAACUACUUUGACCGCCAAUGUACCCAGGCUCAUUCUGCUGGGCUCCUCGCAUUACAAGCACUUCAAUGAGUUCGCCAGCAACGAGGCCAUCAUCAUGACGGAGAUCUACGAGUACGCACGAUCGCUGUUCGAUCCCAAGUUCAGCAUUGCACACUUCCAGCACUACAAGUUCCUGCUGGCCACAAGGAUCCUCGAUUAUGGCCAGCACUUCCGCUGCACAAAUUACUUGGAGCAAAUCGCCAGGCACAUCGAACUGAAGCCAGAGAGCUACGACAGCGAUUUCAUCCAGCGGGUCUGCGGUUUGGCCGAACGCCUACGCUACCAUGAUCCCAUCCUGAUCAAUCGUGUGUCUUUUGCGAGUCCUCCGAAUGCCACCAGCAAGGAUAGCGCUGCUCCCGAGGAAAAGGCCUGGUUGCGUCAGCUGCGUUCCCUAGCCGAUGUGCAGCCGCAACCAGAGCAAAUGCAUCAACUGCAGCAGGAGAAGGAAAUCCAGCAGGAGCAAAACGACAUCGACCAGCAGUUCGCCGAGGUGAAUAAGCAGUUCCGUGAGCUGAACAUGCAAUACGAUGGUGGCAAUCUGGAGAAUACGCUGCAACAGCAAGUGCCUGCUCCAGUGGAACAGCAGCCAGUGCAGCAAGUUCUGCCGGAAGCGCACCAACAUCCGGCACAACAAUACCAUGAGCCACCAGCACCUCAAGCGCCGGCCGAAUCGGAUCCUUAUGGCCAGGGACAACAGCCCUACUACGAUCCCAAUGCCGGCCAGCUUCAGUACGAUCCCAAUGCGGUGCAGCACCAAUACGACCCGAAUGUGGCCCACCAUCAAUACGAACAGCAGCCUCAGCAACCGACUGGCAACUAUGGCCAAAUAGAGCAUGCAAGUGAGGCCUAUCAACCAGGUCAAACUACGGAUCCAGCUGCUGUUCCCCCAAGCUAUGGAUAUGAUUACUGGUCGGGCACACAGCAGCCACCGUAUGGCGAUGAGCCAAAUGAGAAUCAAGCUGCCUUAAAGGAUCAGGAGGAGGAGGAGCAGGAUGAGCAACAGGUAUUGCAGCAGGCACAGCAGCAACAGUUGCAUCAGGCCAAGCUGCAACAGGAGCAACAUACGCGCAGCAAUGGCGCUGCCAACAGCAACAAUCGCUUCAAAUCGAAUGCUUUGAAGCAGGAAAAGAGCAGCAGUGCAUUGCGAAAAAGGCAAGAGGCGUCUAGAACAGCAACCAUAGCAGCGGCAGCAGCAGCAAUUGCCCAGAUAACACCAGCAACACAUGCAGCAGCAGCAGCAGCAGCAACAGCAGGAGCAGCAGGAACGACGACAGUAGCAACAUCUUCGGCAAAGGCAUUCAAUUUGAAUGAUCUGCAGCAGCAGGCGCGCCCGGCCAUUUCCAUGCCCAAGUCAAAGAGCUAUGGGGAUGAGGACGACGGUGGUGCUGGUGGUGCGGGUGCGGCACAUCCUGGCCAGAAUCCAUCGCUUGGAGGCUCCUCAGAGGCGGGCGGCAAACAGCAGACAUCGGGCAAACCGGCCAACUCCGUCGGGGAUCUUGGUGCACCUGGCAAUCAGAAUGCGGGCUGGUUUGGCGGCCUCUGGAACAAGCUGUCGCUGAAGCCAAAGAACCAAAUGAUCCUGCCGGACGACAAGAAUCCGACCAUCGUGUGGGACAAGGAGCGCAAAUGCUGGACAAACACCGAGGGCAACGGCGAAGAGGUGGAGAGCUUUAAGCCGCCGCCCAAGAUGAGCGAUCUGGGCAUGGGCCUGCCGCCGGGAGGACCACCCGCAGCUCCAGCCGGCAUGGGCAUGGGUGCAGCGCUACCGCCAAUGGCCACCAAUCCUCUGGGCGGCCACCAAGCCGCACCGUUGAUGGAUCAGCAGCCUCCGGCGCAACCGCAAAUGUACGGCACUGCCAUUGAUUACACGGCUGCUCCGGCUGCAUCCGAGAUGAUACCCACGGUUCCGUUGCCGGCGCCACUGCCUGUCCCAUCACCUGCACCGGCAGCGGCGCCCAAUCCCGCGGCCACUCCCGGAGGACCCCAGCCCAAGCUGCAGUCGAACAUGUUCAAGAUGCAACGCAACCGCACGCUGAAGAACUCCUACGUGGAUGUGUUCAAUCCCUCCGGGGCGCCCAUGUCGGCGGCGUCGGAGAAUGUGCUGGCCCCCAUAAUGGCGCCGGCAGCGGUGCCCCAAGGCGGUUUCUUUGUGCCCGGCGCGGCGCCCACGCACCAGCAGUAGGGGAUCAGAGUAAGGAUUAGCAGGAUCAGGAGCCUCGGGAUCAGGAGCAGCGACAGGUGUGCAUGGAUGGAGGUGGAUGAGGAUGAGGAGGAUGUGAAAAGGGCUGCCACAAAUGCCAACGAGAUCACUUCGAAACUACGUAAAAACAAGAAAAAACCUUUUCAACGAACGCUCCCACACGCACACACAGUCAUGCAUAAAAUCACACACGCAUCCACACGAGAAAUGGCAACUUUCCAGCAGGGGAAAAGUUGGUCCUUCGAUUUUAUCAAGCUCCUACAGAUUGUUAAACCUCUGUCGUCUGUCUGUCCUAUCUUUGUGUGUGUGUCUCUACUAAAUUAACUCACCCAACUAUUAAAUAAACACCUAAUUUUACCAUUUUGUGCGCAUGCGAUUGUGUGUGUGUGUGAGUGUGCGAUCGAUGUCUUAACGUUUAGUGAAUGAUUAAUUGAGGAAACGAUGAAGAAAGCGAUUUAUGUACGACUAGCGAAUUAUAUAUGUAAAUUUUCUCUAUGUAAACUAUACGCCCCCCGAUCCCCCUCUAUAUCCGCCUUCUCCCCCGAUUUCUGUUUAUAUACAUGUUUCUUUUGUAUGUUGCAUAGUUUUUAUGAUUAUUUUUUGUUUAGCUGUAUGAAACUGUAUUCGAAGGAGGUCAGACAUUCGGAAUUCUUCUUGAUUAUGCAUUGCUGUAUUUCCCCACAUCUAAAUACUAUAUAUAUGUAUAACUGAUCUAUCUGUAUGUUUUCUAUAAACUACAUAAUUGAUAUUGCAUUGAUAAGCGAUUGAGAAGCAAACGAUUUCCUUUCUCGAUGUAUUCUCCUCUCUCUGUGUCUCUUUAUACGAUUGGUGUGAAAUAUGCAAAUGAUUCCAAUUAUAUAUAUAUUUAUAAAUGUAUCGUUAGAACAAUUUAAAUGGUUUUUUCUGUUUUUUACUUUUUGUUUGAAUUUGAAAAUGCAUUUUUAAAAUGUUUAUUUGUUAGAACUUGUUUGUUUAUGCAUUAAUUUUUAAUUUUAAUAUAAAAAAAAAAUAUAACUGGUGCAGGCAAAAAAAGAAAUAAGCAAGGAAUGGAAGGAAUGAAAGAAAGAAAAAUAAUGAAAUUAUAUAGGAGUACACUGGCACACAUAUGUAUUAUGUACAAAUCGAAAUGCUAAUUGGUAUAUCAAAAUUAAAAUAGAAAUCCUCCAAAUAGGGACAAACUGCUGUGUAUUGACCACAAACUCUGUACUCAAAAAGUGUACACAAAUUACGGCUAACCCCCAAGGCUCUGUAACUUGAUUUUCAAACUUUAUAUAUACAUAAUAUUAUGAUGAUCAUGAUUGAUUAGUAAUAUAAUGAUGUUGACAAUGACGGAACUAGAUCGAAACGAAGUGUGGUAUGAAUUCUUUAUGUUUAAAUUAGCCUAAAAUACAUAUUAAAUCAAAUGCGUACGAGAAAAUACAACAUUUAUGUAAAAAUAUAAAA